AUGGUUCAAGACUGGCCUCGGGAGUCGUUCCCUCGUCACCAAUCGUUUUCUCACGCAUGCUUCUCCCAAGACCGACAGCCUGAGCGACACAGUUCUUUCUCUGAUGAUCGCUACAACCACGACAUGCAAGCACAAAAUGGUUUCCACCAGGAGCGCUACCAAAUAGGCAACCAAAAUGGCCGCUUUGGGGAUCAUAGUGAUCUUCCACCUCGACCACAGCCAUCGGACAUUGACGAGGCGCUCCGGAGGCAAUGCGGCGUGCCUGUGAGGCGUUACUUUGUUGCAGCAGUUCCGGACGACGGAACGCCAUGCACCUUUGUCAGCGGUGGGCAUAAGCUGCCCGAGAAUGUCAUCACUCAAUUCUUCGACGCCGGCAAGUUUCAACAAGUGAUGAACAGACUAGAUGCCGGUGCCAACCCUAUGCUAGACGACUCACUCAGCCAAGAUGAGCCCGUCUUUAACCGACACGUAUUCAGCCGAAGCAGACCAGGAGAUCGCCGCAGAAGUUCAGCCUUUGCUGACUGGGGCAGCCCAGCUCGAUCUGGCCGUAAGCGACCCAGGCCACGCAACCCGCUUAAUGAGGAUGAGGACACACAAAUGACUGUGUCGUCGAGACGUUGCAUCAGAAUUGGUGACUCGGACGCCGUUUGGGGCUUCUACGAGCAGAGGUUUAAGAACUGUCAGCAAACAGCCUGCAAGCUCAUUGCCAAAGCCUGGGUCAAGGCCGUCGAGCCCAAGAAGCAGUCGACUCAUCCGUAUACUGGAAGCGACGAGAAGGCACCUGACUGGUGGCCUAAGCCAUGGGGUCCAACUAAAGAUGACAAGGUCCGCCACAAGGAACCAGACCACCUGUACAAGCGAGAACGAGUCCAUCUACUUGCACAUAUCCUCCGCAUUGUGCUGGAGCCUAAUGGUAAACAGCAUUCUGAUAUCAGAAAGCUGGGUUUGAAUGUUACAAAACUGGAAGAAACCACCGCGGAAGCCCUAUCGUCAUUCUUCAUGGACAAUGACGCCAACGCCCGCAAGAAGCCAUUCCUGACGGAGAUUUUUAAGAUGGCUCGACAAGAGGAGCGCUACAAAUUGGGCGAAAUCGACGGCUCGACCGAAGUUUAUGUCAUGUCGGAAGACAAGGUGCCGGAGAACUACCCCUCUGAAAAUGACGAGGCAGGUUCUUUUGUCAAGGAAGACGAAGAUGUCGAGCCCACAGCGAAACCAUCCACGACGAUAGGUGGUACCAUGCGUCCAUCGGUGCGCACAGACGCCGCUACUUUGUCAGGCCUACCUGGGUCUGGAGACGCAUUUAUUAGCGACCUCCCAAUGCGCGGUUCGCAAUUCCAGCCCCCCAUGAUGAACGACAUGGGGCCACAGCAUAGCUAUGUUGACAAUGGGGGCAUGCAAGUUCACGGCCAGGCCGGCGUUCCCGCCACGGGUUCUAAUCUUACCCUUGACCUUGUACCGAGCCCGCAUGAUGUCAGCCGCCGGCCCUCUGUCUUUAGUGACUUUCCCAGUCCCGGCGGCACCAUGUACCCUCAACAAUGGCAGGCCAGCUCCAACGGGACUAACGGGUCGCCCAUGUAUGCCUACGCAGCCCAGCAACCCAACAUGGAAGCGGGACCAUUCGUGUCGCCUGGUGUGCCCAUGGACCCAAGCCAGCCGUUUAUGACGGCACCAUUUGAGGAAGGUCCACGACCGGGCUACAAUGCCGGCCAGCCUGGCAUGUUUCGAUCGGAUGAGAUGUCGCAGGCCAACGUUGCGCAAUCUACUGGCUACAACUACGUGACUAAUGACGGCCGAGGCAUCAUGCCGCAGGUUGUGGACAAUGGCAGCAGAACUGCCAUGCAUUGA